AUGGUCAAGGCAGUGAAAGGCGUUUUGUUAGAGUGUGAUACGACAGUCAAACAAAUAGUGCUCAACCUCAACAAGCAAGGCAAUUUUGUCAUUGAAGAUCUCGACGAAACGCAUUUGUUUGUAGAGGCCUCUUGUAUCAAAAAUCUACAGUACGAACUGGAUCGGAUACUCGACGAAAACUCUUAUACGAUAUCCACUGAGGAUCGCGAAAACAAAAAGAUUUAA